CGAGUAAAAAUCGGUGCGUCGGAGUAGCCCACCUUCCAUCUCGCUUCAUCUUUCCAUCAUAGUUCCUACCAGAUAUAUACUCUCUGGUUCCUACCACCGCGGUUCCUACUAUUGACAUUCAAAACAGUUGAUCACGAGGUCACAACAGGUGCUGAGUGACUAAGUGUCAUGUCUGAGCUGUCAUGAGUUCGUUUUUGGCACAACAAUGUAGAACACCCCUGACAAUAGAAUCUGAUUGUAUAUAAUACGAAAAUGUUUUCUUAGGGCAAUUGUGAAUUGCAAACAAAUAUAACCUGGACCAAAGAUUACGAUGUGUGAUUCCGAGUAUUUGACUAUUUUGGACGAUAUUACGCUGUUUUGUCCAGGUUUUGUACCGGAGGCAACAAGUGACAUUCAUUGUAUUUUAGAUCAGUUGCUUAAAUCACUUGUGGGAGAUGAAUCUUCAGCACCAAAAAAAUUGAAUCUAAUUUACUUUUUGGAACUGAAAUCAAAUACACUGUGUGAAGAAAUUGGUGAUGUUGAACUUGUACUGGCAACAUUGAAGAAUGUAUGUAAUAGCUCAUCUGGAAAUCAAGUACUGCUUGGUCAAUGCCUUAUAUCCAGCACAACAAUUUUGUUAGAAUCUUCUGAGAAGUUUCUUGGUGCAGAAUUUGACAGACUUUUCAGUCAACAUGUAAAUCUGUUGCUUGAUUAUGUAAAUCAAAGUAAUUGCUCUGAGAAUGUGUAUGUGAGAUCUGUUUCUGCAGAUAGUCUCAUUGAAGUGGAGUUGUGUUAUCCACUUGUUUUGAAACCAUGUCUUGAAAAUAUUUAUGCAUUAACAGUUAAAGAACUGUCUGCAGCUCAUCAGCAGUACACUUCACUGCUUUCACUUAUGAUGAAACAUAGUUCAGCAAGCUCUCAAUUUGGAUCACCUUUAUGGAAUACAUAUCCUCAACUUGUUUUUAAAAGUAAAUUUCUUGGUGAAAAUAAUUCUGCAGUUGUGUCGUCUGUGUAUAGUAACACUCAGCUACUGAGUGAUUAUUUGGGUCGAAUGUGUCACCAGCUGAAGUCCAUUGAAGAUAUCAGAAUGGUAUUGACAAAUAAUUUUGAUGGACCAGACAUUCAGCUUAAAAAAUUUAUCUUAUUCAGCCACAUUCUAAAACAUAAAAAUGGAUCAUCAAAAUUUUUGUUGCAAAUUACAAAUAAUAUGAGAAGAGAAAUUAAACAUAAUAAAGGAUUUAAAUGUAAAUCUGUGUUUAUAAAAGCAUUAUAUAAACUUCUUUCUGAUUACGAAGAUGUGUCCCAUGAAGAAGUAUCUAGGCUCGUGGUUUUAGCUUCAACAGAAGAUAUUUCAACAACUCCCUUUAUAGUACAUUUUGUACGUCAAGUGCAAACUUCAUUUCCAGCUUCUCCACUGCCAGUGUUGAUUCUGACAUCUCUUGUAAAUACGUACACACAACCUAACGAACACCUCUCUUUAGAAGCACUGUCAUUUGUUAUUGAUAUUUUUCAAGAAGCUGUCUCUAAUAGGUGUAGUAUUGAAGAACUUAGUAAUGUUUUGCAAGGUUUCAUCUCUAAGUGUGAAAAUGAUGAUGUUCAAGAUAGAGCACAACUGUAUUUCUGUCUUCUUCAGUCACUUUCUGACAAGAAGCUUAAGGCUGUUCUUCAGGGUCCCAGACAGACCCUUCCUCUCACGGAUGACAGUACUUUUCAUUCUCAAUUCUACUUUCAAAAAUUAGAUAAACCAAUUUUAUAUCUGUGUAAAGAGAACCAAUCUACCUCAAGUGAUGAGACUUUCAAAUAUAUUGUAGAAAGUGAAGAAGCUUUGGCUAUAUUUAUGGAAUCGUCUGAGAAUUGGGGUAAAGUAGAACCUGUGUUGGUUGGUCAUUACAAGGAAGAUAAUCUUUCAGUACAUCAGAGUAAUGAUUUUGUGUACACUAUGAUUUGUUAUCCACACUAUCCACUGCCAACACAAUUAAAAGUAAGGGCUGAAUUUAGCUUGGAUAAUAUAUGCCAUAUUUGCCCUCUCAGUGAUGGUGUUAAAAUGGAAAUUUUUUUUGAAGAUCUAUGGAAAACCUUUGAAGACGAAUUUCAGUCUGUUGUUUUGUUAGGAUGCUCAGAAGUUCAAGCCAGAGCCUUUGUAAAACAAAAAUUUAAUACAUUUAUUGUUGGUGAAGAUGACAAAGGAUAUCAUGUGGGCAUUUACUUGCCUCCAGGGAAUCAUCUAUUGAUGAGAUAUUACAUCCAGUCAUCGAAAACCAUUGUAAAAUUUGUAACUGAUUAUAUCUAUAAUAUGUCGAACUCCAUUAGGCGGAGGCCUGGGCAUUCACGCAGAUGUGAACGUUUUCCUACGGAAAAUGAUCCCGAAAGUAGUGACAGCGAAUCCAAUGAGUCGCCAGAAGUUCCUAACGACCAGAAUGUCAAUGAUGAUUACUAUGAAAUAAGUAAAUGGGAAUCAGAAGAAGUUGCUGCGGGUCAGGCUGAAGCGUCAGUAUCAGAUCAUCCUCCCAUUAGAAAGAUAUUUGUUGGGAAUUUAAAUGAGAGGACAAAUCAACAUGAUUUGAGAAAUUUAUUUCGGCGCUUUGGAGAAAUAAUGGAAUGCCAUAGAUCACGUGACAAACUAACGGGAAUUAGAAGAAAUUAUGGUUUUGUUACUUUUAAAAAUCCAGAAGAUGCAGCCAAGGUCCUCUGUGCACCACAAGAUGAACUCUUCUUGCAUUGGAGAGAGCUGAGAGUGGCUGCUGCUGAUGCUUGGCAUCAGCCCCAAGAAUUGCCUGAUGGAAGGAUUUUGUGGCAAAAGAAAAACGCUAAGUCUCUGCGACGAACUUCCAAAGAUGGAGAAAAACUUAUUAUUAGCCCAGAGUUGAUGGAAGCUCGUGCUCGAUCAAGUCGAGAAGUUGAUGAGAGUCAGUGUCGAAUCAACAUUUUGAAUGAUGACUGUCUUAUGCAUAUCUUUUCUUUCUUGCCCAAGAUGGAUCUUGUAAAAAUUGAAAGAGUCUGCAAACGGUGGCAAGCAGUUAGUCGGAGCAUGUGGUUGUAUCUGCAGCAUUUGGAUUUCAACUUUAUGUUCUACAAUCCUCGUGCUUUUCCCACUGCUAACAUUCUUCGUGGCCUACUUGUUAGAUGUGGACCUAAUUUGGCCAGCUUAGAUUUGUCAUUUAGGCCUAAUGAAUUCAACAACCGUAUAUUUUCUAUUGUGGCAAAGCUCACUCCAAACCUUCGUAGCCUUAAUGCAUCAGGCCUGCCAUUGGCAAGUCAUUCUAUGCGACGCUUAUCUGAAGUUGCUCAUCAACUGCAGCGUGUUAACUUUGAUGGAUGUUCUGGUCUUUUGGACCGUGAUUUAAGAUCGUUGUUUCAGAAGUGUCCAAAUCUUGAAUCUGUAGUGUUGUCUCAUAAUAACCAACUUACUGGCAAGUGUCUUGCAGGUUUCAGAAGUGAAAAGUUGUGUGAGCUUGUUUUAGAUCAUUGUAAUAACUUACGCUCACGUUUUCUUGCUGAUGGCUUACGUCGAAUGAAGAAACUUACUCAUCUCAGUGUGAACUCUUGCAUUAAUUUGACAAGUAGUGAUAUUGUGGAAAUACUUGAGUCACUUCCUCAAUUACAGUAUUUGUCUAUUGGAAAAUAUUUUCCUUUACUUAAUAGCACAGCAUUGCGCUCCUUGCAGCAUUUGAAGGAUUUGGUUUCCUUGAAUCUUCAGCAUAAUCCAGCUGUUACUGACAGUGUUGUUGAAGUGAUUUCUUUGAAUUGUCUGAAAUUGGAAAAACUCAACAUAACUGGAUGUAGUGUUAUUCAGAGUUCUUCACCAGCUGAACAUGCCUCACUUACGAAUGCUGGUUUUCGCUGGCUAGCUCGAUUGCCUCAACUCGUUGAUUUGAACAUGAGUUAUUUAGCUGUUGUUACAGAUGAAGCUCUGGAUGCUGUAGCUGAUAGAGGAAAACUUAAGCGACUUGAAUGUCGUGGAUGUCCAACAUUUACCGAUGCUGGUUGUAUGAGAGUGGUAGCUUUGUGUGGUGACCUUGAGCGUUUUGAUUUCUCUGGCUGUGAUCAUGUUACAAAUUUAACUAUUGAAACUGCUCUUGAAGCUGUGAAGGAACGUACUAAUAAUGUUAAGCUCACCAUUAUUGCUGGAGGUACCAAAGUUGAAAAUGUUGAAUCAGAACAUCCUUUAUUGCAAGUGGAUCUUGUUGACCUUUGCCUUGCACAUAUGCGGCCUGAUUUUGUGGAUGAUAUAUAUUUUCAGUCUUCAGACAAUGAUGAUGAUGAUGACGAUGAUGAUAAUGAAGAGUUUUUUAAUGGAAAUUUGGAAGAAUACUUUCUUGCCUUUGAUGAUUCCCGAUCUACUUUCUCCGAUGAUAUUGAAUGGGACAGAUACAGCUACUACAGUUAUGAUGGAUACGAUUAUUAUGAAGAAUAUUGAUAUCUUUGUGUUAAGAUGUCAAUUAUUGUGUAGUAUAUUUUGUCAGCAUUUCAAGGCAUCAAAAAAGCUUUAAUUUGUGUCAUUACAAGUGAAUGAAUGAACAUUGUUUUUAAUUUAUUAAUAAGAGCAUUUAUGCUAAAUGUAUGUAUUUGUUGGUGACGUCUCGAAGCUGUGUUCUGAGGGAAGUUUUCUCCUGGUGCCAAUUUUUAAUGUAUCUGUGUGUGUACUCUCUGUCCUCCCUUCAGUAGCAUAUUUUUGAAAAGUGUGACAACUGAUGAGACUUUUGGUAGUUUUUGAAUUGUAUUGAAAGAUUAAAUUUUUUUAAAAAUGUCUUUUGCUGUGGUAUGAUUUUGAAAGAACACUAAUAUUACUUUUCCUUAGUAUUAAGUUUUGAAGAAUGUAUUAUACAUUUUGUUUCAAGUAUUAUAAAUUGAUUGUGAAAUUUUUUAAUAGAUUUGAUAUAUAGUUAUCUACCUCCUAUUCUGCUAUUUCACAUGAAGUUAAAGUAUUGCAAAUAAUGAGCUUUUAGUUUUGAAAGUUUAAGUAAAAAUGUGUUUUGGAAAAUAUUGCAAGCGAGUAUGUUAAUAACUCUCUUAUGUACAGAAAUGAUGCUUUCAAUAACUUCAAUGAACUGCAGUUAAAUCUGAUGCACUUAAAUGCAUUUUGUGAUACAUUUUCAUGUAAGAUGAAGGUAUUGGAAAAUAUUGCAGUUAUGCAGAUAUGACUAAUUCAUAUUAUAUUUUAUUUCAUAUUCUUUGUAAGAGUAUUUUAAAUUUUCACACAUUUUCUUCUUAGAUAAAUUAUUUUCAGAAGAAAUAAUUUAUGGAAAAUAAGUUACAGGGAAAUUUGGAAUGGAACACCCAUAUUAUUUCUAUUUGCUGACAUUCCCCUUUCCAGAUUAUAAUGUGCAUGAUUUCGAAAGGUGUUGCUCUGGGAGAUCAUUCAAUUAUGGGGAAGCUGUAUUACGCAACUUUACAAGGAGCCAGGGGGUGUGAAGUCUAAUGCAAAGUAACAUUUUUGAAUUGAUUAUAAAUUAGAUUUAUUAAUGAUAUAAAGUAUCUUUAUGAAAAAGUAAACAUAAGUAUAGAAAUUUGGAAUAAAGAGAAAGGGGAGGUUAAGGUAAAAUUAUGUAAUUAUUGAAAGGGGGGGCUUCAUACAUGCCUUGCAAGGAGAGGGGGUAUAAUGUAUGUUUAAUUUGGGUUUCAAUAUUUAAGGAUAGCCCCAAGACAUAUUGAUGAACAACUGAUUGUACAUGCUGUAAAGUUGCAUUACAGGGUAUUCUUUUCUAUUGCUAUUCAGAAUUGAUGAGGAAUUGUUUGAGAAGUAAAUACUAAGAAAAGUAUUGUAUGUUGAGUAUAUAAAGUUUUUUUUUUCUCUUUUUUUUGCUUUGGGGCCACUCACUUGUUUUGUUCUGUUAUUUUUGUUUCAGAGUAGUUUUUUACCAUUAAUAUUGUUUAGAAUUAGAGUAAAUAAAUGUAUAUAAUUGUGUGUUGGCAUUAAUUGUGAUGUUUCUGCCAAGUAAGACAGUCACUAAUAUCUUUACAAAUUAAAGAUGUUUCACAAGAUUGAAAAAAAUGUCAGUACUGAGAAUACACUAUUGCAUUUAAUGUCAAUAGACGAGAACUUAACUGUGUUGUGCUUCUAGGCAGCUUGCUCUGCUGAAAAUUGCAAUCUUAGUCCUUUUAUUUUACAAAUGUGAAUAGAUUUGUAUUGUUUUUCAUAUUAUAUAAUUCAGGUCAGGUCCAAAAAUAUCUCUUUUAAACAACUGCUUAGUACUUUGAGGAAAGAUAAUAUCUUGUGUAUGAAAUAUCUGUAUACAAUGUUUUGAUCUUAUUGUUUUUGUGCAUGGGAGGGUGCCAUAUUUGUAUUGGUUAAAGUUUUAUUUUGUAAGUUGUAUGCAUGGCAAUGUCAAUUCAAAAAAAGAAUAAAAUGAAGUUGUAGCUCAGGAUCACUGAAGUACUUUUCUUUGUGUGUAAAAUUUGCCAAAUUGUUGGCUGACAAAUCUUGUACUUUUUAAAUGUGUAAUAUCUGGCCUGUGUUCUUGUCAUGGGAACUUAAAUAGUUGUUUCUACUUUAAUAUAGGAUGAAGGAAAAGUAAAAUAUCUGAAAUAAACAAACUGGGUAUUAAGAUACAGA